UCCACCAUUCUGAAGAAGUUCGGAUCCUCGUCUCCAACGGCUUCGCUGUAGUGACGAACCCGCAUCAGAGACGCUGAAACUGGGAGAGCGGAGUCGACACAUCCCGAGGCCAAAGCACCAACGUUACCUGCUCCGCGAAUUCCACCUGGCAGAGAUUUGAAAGACGGCGCAGGAGAGGAGAUCAUCCCAGCUCGGCUCAGGUGUCAGACUCGGCUUCCAGGAAGUGUCUGCAGUCCUGAGAUGGACAAGCCGAAGAUUCACGUCUUCCUAGGGGCCCCGACUCUCCCCCUCAAAACGGCUCCUAGCGGCGAGCCGGGCUGCGCUCGGUGGGAGACACUGGACCUGUGUUUGAAGGGCGUGCGGUUGCAGCCCAAGGGGAAAGGGCACGGGGCUCAGGGAAGUGACAUCAGCGCCGUGGGCGGGGCCUCAGACGAGCAGGGCGGGGCCGACAAAGCCGCGCUCGCCAAGGAAGGCCCGGACAGACCGAACAUCGACCCGGUCGCGGUUCCGGACAAAGACGCCCCCGUUUCUGGGAACGCUGAGGGGGAACGGGAGAGAAUUUCGCAGCCUGACCUAGACCCGGAGGAGAGGGACUUCCCCCCAAAAAAGCGGAGCGCCGUAGACGAGCAGGACCCGUGCCCCGAGGCCGUGAGGGAGUACCUGGACAGCUGCUUUCGGGCCCCUGGGCCCGGGACGGGGGCGGAGCCCGUGGGAGGGGAGGCCCCGCCCCGCCUGUCCCUGGAGGCGGAGUUUCUGAGCGCCUGGACCACCAGCCAGGCGCUGCUGCUGAAGGGGAGGCGGGGCCUGCCGGCGGGGUCCAGCCCGCAGGGGGCCGGGGCUCCUCCUACUCCUCCUACACCCCAAAACCGUGUGCCUGCGGGGUCAGGGAGCUCCCCCGAGCUGUACAGCCCCACCAGCAGCCCUCGGGGGGCGCAGGAGAGCUCGCAGGAGCUCUUUCACACCCUCAGCGAGAGGCAGGCGGAGGGGGGCGUGGUCCUGGAGGCCACGCCCGAGGGGGUCCUCUGUUCACAAGGCAGCCCCAGCGCCAGCCCCAGCAGAAAGCCUGCAGAGGAGGCGGAGUCACUGUGGGCCAGCCCCAGACCGGGCCCCUCCCUACGGACCUCUCCCAGACCCGGUCCCUCCCUACAGACCUCUCCCAGACCGGGCCCCUCCCUGCGGACCUCUCCCAGACCCGGCCCCUCUUCACGGACCUCUCCCAGACCGGACCCCUCCCUACGGACCUCUCCCAGACCGGACCCCUCCUUACGGACCUCUCCCAGACCGGACCCCUCCUUACGGACCUCUCCCAGACCGGGCCCCUCCCUGCGGACCUCUCCCAGACCGGGCCCCUCCCUGCGGACUUCUCCCACACCCCCCUCUGCCAAAAAGAGCAGGGUGUCCCCCACUGGGGCUAAGACUCGGGGGGGACAGACAGGGGGGGCCUGUGUCCCGCCCCAGUCCGGACCCACCACCCUCCUGGGCAGGUGCGUGGCCAGAGGGGUGCGCUACUCCCUCCUGGUGGCCGUGGUGUACCCCUGCCACCUGAAAGAGAUCAAAGUGAAGUCCGGAACGUGGGCGGGCUCCACUGUUCCCCUGGCAACCAUCGUGGUCACCGACCAAUCGGGUGUCGAUAUGAAGGUUGUCCUCUGGAGGACUGCGGCAUUCUGGGCCCUGACGGUGUACCCAGGAGAUUUGCUGCUUAUUACAGGCGUGACGCUGAACGAGGACAAGUGGAGAGGGGAGGUGGUGCUGCAGUCCUCCUACGCCAGCAGGCUGCUCAACCUAGGCCAGCUCACUGCCGCCCUCCCGCCACCAGUCCCACAGAAUGUGAAUGGCCGGGCUGUGAAGGAGUUGUGGGGUCACCUGUGUAAGAAGCGCCCCCUGCUGGUGUCGCUCCCUCGUCGCACGGUCCAGGACCCCCACGCCAUCCCGUAUGUCCGCCUCAGAGUUCUGAAGCCUGACACACUGGUCCAUGUCCUAGUGAGGGUCACACACAGCACCAUGGUUACAGCCUGGCGGGACGAGGCGGAGAGCUGCUCCAGGGCAGGGGGGGUGCAGAAAGCCGUGCUGAGCGUGGAGCAGGAGGACGGCCACCAGGGGGCGCUGGUGCUGUGGGGGUCGGCCAUGGCCUGGCUGCAGCGGAUCCGCAGGAACCAAGGUGCAGUGUGGGAGUUCCGGGUCCUCCUGGUGAAGCGAAACGUGGCCACGGGGCGCCUGGAACUGCACUCCACGCCGUGGGGGUCCUGCGAGCCCCUCUUCCCCGACGACAGGAGGGCGGUGGAGUUUCACGACCGGGCCCAAUCGAAACCUCCGCCCGCCAGCUUAGAGCUAGACCUGGCAACCCUGCUGUCCCAGAAGUAUUCAGGUGACGUGGAGUUCAAAGGGCAGAUCGUGGCCUUCCAGUUUCAGGGCACCUCCUCCCAGAAUGCCUCGCCGCCGAUGAACGGGGACACGCCCUCGCGGAAGAUUCUGGAGGCGGUGUCCGGCGACGUCACCUUCAACGGCUGCGGGCGGUGUGGCGCCGAGCUCGAAGCGGACGACAACGGGAUCUACCGGCCCUGCUACCCCUGCCUGCCGCGGACCAGCGUCCGCCGCUACUACAGGCCAGCUGUGCUAACGGUGAGGGACGGGAGCAGCGAGGUCUGCGUUCAGGUUCCGUCUUCCCUUGUGCAGAAGAUCCUGCUGAACACUUCCCCGGACAAACUGAGCAAGACGGUCGCUCCCUCCUCUGACGUGCGAUUCGCCCAGGUGGUGGCCGCCCGGCUUCGGGCUCUGCUCUCCAUCCCCCGGGACACCUUCCUGCUGACCGUGUCCAGCCACUUCCUGUGCGACGAGAACAGCGUCCCCACAGCCCAGGACUUCCUUCUGCUGGACAUCCGACCUUGAUCGGCCCCGCCCUCAAGGGGGGGGGGGGACAACGGCCGGCCAAUCAGAACCCGUCUCCACCCAGACUCCUCAGACUCUGCCGCCGUGCUGUGAAACAGUGCAUCUGACCGUGUUUCAUUUACAGCUGUGUCUAAACUCAGAAACUGCCUGUCUUCAUGGAAAACCCAGGUAAAACAUUUAAAUUGGAAUUUUUGAAACUGGGUGUUGAGUAACAAGCAUUUUUGCAUGUGUGUCUUAAUUCAUGUCGGGUUUCUCUGACAGCUGUUUGCAAGCCAUGUGUGACCAAAAGCAGAUACAUGUACCAUAUAUUUAAAGCGCAGCUAGAUGGGGCAAGAACUGUUUUGUGAAGGUCGUAACUGUUAGCCUGAUACAACAGUGUACCAACAUGGUUUUGGAUGUCUGUAAAUAUGCCAGCUGUAAAUUAUGAUAAUUGUUUUUAUGAAGAUAUGUCAUCUGUUUAAGGUUGUAAAUAAACCACUGUUUUGAAAUAAAAGAUUAUUUUGAUUA